CCCCGCCACCUUCCAGCUAGAUAAAAAGCGACAGCCCCGGCGGGCGCCGUCGUACGGCUGGUCCCGGUGCAGAGUUACGCUCCGAAGUCGCCGACAAUCCCCGCGUCCGUCAUGUGUGCCGCCCGGCUGGCGGGGGCUGCGGCCCCGGCCACCGUCUACUCCUUCUCUGCGCGCCUGCUGACCGGCGGGGAGCCCAUGAGCCUGGGCUCGCUGCGGGGCAAGGUGCUGCUCAUCGAGAACGUGGCUUCCCUCUGAGGCACCACCACUCGGGACUACACCGAGAUGAACGAUCUGCAGAGGCGCCUCGGACCCCGAGGGCUGGUCGUGCUCGGCUUUCCGUGCAACCAGUUCGGACAUCAGGAGAAUGCCAAGAACGAAGAGAUUCUCAAUUCCCUCAAGUACAUCCGACCUGGGGGUGGGUUCGAGCCCAACUUCACACUCUUCGAAAAGUGUGAGGUCAAUGGGGAGAAGGCUCACCCGCUCUUCACCUUCCUGCGGGAGGCCCUGCCAGCGCCCAGCGACGAGCCCACUGCGCUCAUGACCGACCCCAAGUUCAUCAUUUGGUCUCCAGUGUGCCGGAACGACAUCGCCUGGAACUUUGAGAAGUUCCUGGUGGGCCCUGACGGUGUCCCGGUGCGCAGGUACAGCCGCCGCUUUCCGACCAUCAACAUCGAACCCGACAUAGAAGUCUUGCUGGCCCAGCGGUCCAGCAGCCCCUAAGGAGCUCCUCCUAGCUGACCGGGGUUGACUGUGGCUGGCUGCACUCCGAGGGGUUUUAUCCAUGACGGUGUUUCCUCUAAACCUGCAUGGGGGAACGCCCGAUUUCCGUGAAAAUCCCUCAGAUGGGCACUGGCCCUGUCUAUCCUCGAGGCUUUUCUGCCUGAACAAAGGCGAUUUCUAUCCACUAAUAAAGUGUUAAGUAUCAUAGAA